AGGGGCCAACGAGAGAGAGGAAGGAGCUGAUGAGAGAGAGGAAGGAGUCGACGAGAGAGUCGUUGAUGGAAGUGGAGAUGUCCCAGGGAGGGGGGGUCAGCCCCAGCAGGGGGGCAGCGUGUCUGGGGGAGAAGCUGGCGUCGAUGAGGAGAGCCCCAGAGUACAGAGAGGACCCUGGAGAGCUGCAGUUCGGACCCAGCCACACUGUGCUCAUCAAUGUUCAGGGUUUCAAAACGGAUAAGCAGCUGCGGCCGCAGCCUGGAGCCAGCGUGUGGAACAGUGACCAUGUGAAAAUGCCGUACUCCGUGAGGAACACUUUCACCAAGCAAGGGCCGUUUCGGAAUGAAGAUAAACUCCGUUGGGAUUUGAUAAGAAAGAAACUCAACAAGCUGUCAAACGUCACUAAAUCUGAAACCAUUGAGGAGGUGAUCAAGUCCUACAAUGUGAAUUACAAGAACGAGUGGAAGUUUGAUGCUCUGCACUUAUUUUUUGAGAAAGGGGGAUCCAAACCCGAGCUGUUUAGGGUUGUGAAGGCCAUGGCUGAGCUGGCUCUCAAGCUACCAGACAUCUGCCCCAAAACUAUCCCCCUCCUGAAGCAGGGCAUGAAUCACUCCCUCACCCUGUCUCAGGAACAGAUCUCCUGUCUCCUGGCCAACGCCUUCUUCUGCACCUUCCCUCACCGCAACUCCACCCACCCGCGAGCUGAGUACAGCAACUACCCCACCAUCAACUUCAACAGGCUGUUUGGAGAGAGUUCACAAAGGAAGCAAGAAAAACUGAAGACAAUCUUCCAGUACUUCAGGAGUGUUACAGAGACGCCUCCGCAGGGUCUGGUGACCUUCGAGAGACGAAGCCUUGUAGGACCACAUGACUGGAUACACUGUGACUCCAAGAUCAGUAAACUUCACAUCACUUCAGAGGGUGCAAUUGAGAAGGAGGGGAAGGGAAUGCUCCAGGUUGACUUCGCCUGUGCGAUGGUCGGCGGGGGGGUUCUGGGUUCUGGUCUGGUUCAGGAGGAGAUCCGGUUCUUGACCCACACGGAGCUCAUCGUGUCUCGACUCUUCACUGAGAAGUUGAGCGAUCGGGACGUGCUGUGUAUCACUGGGCCCCAGUGCUACAGCGAGUACACUGGCUACAGCGACACCUACCGCUGGGUGGGGCCUCACACAGACACCACAGAGAGGGACGGGUGGCUGAGACGCUGCACUACAAUCAUUGCCAUUGACGCCAUCAAAUUCAAAAGUGAACAGCAGCAGUUUGAGAUGAGAAACGUGGAGAGGGAGCUCAACAAGGCGUACUGUGGGUUCAGAUCCCGGGUUCAAGCACAGGGCUACCCCUCUGUGGCGACUGGGAACUGGGGCUGUGGAGCCUUCAAUGGAGACAGCAAGCUGAAAGCUCUCAUUCAGAUAAUGGCGGCCUCAGAGGCGAGGAGAGAUGUUGUGUACUUCACCUUUGGUAACAAGGAGCUGGUGCAGGAGAUCUGGAACAUGCACAACUUCCUGCAAAAACAGCACUUCACAGUCGGUAAACUCUACAGCGUACUGAAGAAGUUCUGUGAAAGAAGGCGCUACAAUCCAGCAGGGGACCUUUAUGGUUUUAUCUACCAGUCCUACGCAGAUUUGAAAAGCCGACAUUAAAACAGCCAGCCAGUUAACAAUCAGCCUCUGGCAGGUCCAGCCUUGAUCACUGAACCGGGGGCGGGCAAGAGACUGGACCAGAAGGGUUUGGCACGGUUAGUUAGCCUGUGAAAAAGACAUGGCCUGUAAAAACUGGUAAACAUACAGCUACUCCACUGAUAAACAUAAACUGCUUCCAAAUUGGGAUUUUUAUUUCAACCAAUGUGAUUGACUGGGAAUAAAUCAAACAAAAGCUGGGCCUAUAUAUAUGUAUAUAAUUGAUUUAAAACCUGAAUGCCUUUGUGCAGGAGUCUCAGUGAAGGAGAACAGAGAAUGCAUACAUGACUGUAAUACAGAUAGAGAUGGGAUGUGUUUGAUUUUUUCUUUGAUAUAUAUAUAAAUAAAAUACUAAGACUAUCCACUAA